ACUCUGAUUGGUUGGUUGGUUUGUACUGCAUAUGGGCGUGUUUGUCCCUUUGGAGAUGACCUCAUCAAUGGGGAACAUAAUGUAUUUAAUACAAACCGGGCAAUGUUACAUGGGUACUUUCUACAGCGGAUAGUGUACAACAAAAGAUGGUGAGAUGUCAUCUCGUUUGGUCGAAACAGUUAUGAUUAAUGUUGACGACUUCGCGGACAAUUUCCUAACUUGUGGCACAUGUUUCAGUGGGUAUAACUCAAAUGAACGUGCUGCUAAAUUAUUACCGUGUUCUCAUACAAUUUGUCGUUCGUGUUUAGAUCGAAUUCUCUCUAAUGAGGUUCAGUCUGAGACAUUUCGGUGUCCAAUUUGCCGUGAGAAUAUUGCUAUCCCAUCUGGUGGUGCAUCAUCUUUUCCUCCAGCUUUUAUAGUAAAUCAGUUAUUAGAUUUACUGGCUACCCAACGACGGGAUGUUGUACCCAAGUGCUGUAUACACCCAUCACAAGAGUUACUGUUUUGUGAAACUUGUGAUAUGGUGUUCUGUAGUGAAUGUCGAGGUCGUAAUCAUGCUGUUCAAAACUUUGUGAAUGGUAAUACAAGAACAUCAACUUCAUUAACUGAAUCUGUUGAUCCUUUAGAUUCAGCAUGUUUAGCAGUUAGCAAUAGCAACCAUGACACCACUACACCCGUUGAAACUUCAUCAUCAAACGCUGGUCUAAAUCAUAAUGUGAUAACUUUCAAUGUUGCACUGAGACGUUGCUCUGAAAUUAUGCUUUACAAGAUGCAUUUAUGUAUCCAAGAGCUAAAUUGUGCUCAACAGGCUGUAUCAGGUGAACUAGACCGCCUAGCUAAUAACACUACUUCAUGUGUUGAGUCGAUUAACUCUCGUUUUUCUGAAAUAUUGGCGCUUGUUGAACAUCGUCAGGGUGAAUUGUUGGACAGUGUGAAACGACUUGGUGAGGAAAAACGACGUGCCUUGACAGAUCAACUUUCAUUGAUUGAAACAGAAAGAGAUUUAAUCCGCAAUGAAUGCGAUCGUUUAAAGGGUGUUCUAGAUGUACGCAGUAUUACAAAAACCAUAAGUUAUUUAAACAAUAAAUUGGAUUCUAUAAGUGGUUUGACUGAACCACGAGAAAAUGCUUUCCUUCGUUAUCAAGAUUGUGUUGGCCAAUCUAAUCAUCAUAAUCAUAGAAAUAUGUGUUGUGCAGCUUUGAAACGUUCCACAUGUUCAUCUUCUCCAUCAAUCUCCUCAGUUACAAAUCCUACUGAAUCAAAUAUACGAUCCACUCCGCCUUAUCACCGUAGAUCAAAUGUAUGUUCUUCAUCAACACUUCAGUCUUCUCCGCAACAAAUCAGUCUUCCAGAUAUUGCUCGAUGUUUAGCUGGUUUUGGCCGUUUGGUAGUCAGUACAACAUAUCCAGCAUUAUGUACUGCUCGGCUGCCAAGUGAAAUGUUUGUCCAUUUAAAUGCUAAAUGCACCAUUCAAGCAGUUGAUUAUCAUGGUCGCCCUCAAUCGAACAGUGGAACAGAUCCUAUCGAGGUCACUUUUACGGAUCCACGAGGUCAUUUAGUCCCAACCGAUUUAUUAGAUAUAGGAAAUGGCUGUUAUGAGCUUAGUAUGACCUCGCCAUCUUCAGGAACUCACAAAUUAACUGUGCAGAUUCUGAACAGACCUAUUCGUGGCUCUCCCUUCAGCGUCCAUGUGAAAACAGCUCAGAAGCGUAUGUGGAUUUUAAAAGAAGGUUCCGACGGUCGAGGCUUAAUUCAGCCGUUUGCUGUUGCCUUUGGACCCUACCCUGUAAAUUCAUCUGAAGCCUCUUCAGAUAACGUACAAAGUGAUUGUCCAACAUCUGGUUGUUUUAUAUAUGUUCUGGACACUGGAAAUAGUCGCUUGCUUGUGCUUAGUCCUGAAGAUGGAUCACUUCAUUCCACUGUAACUGGUGAAGCACUAUCUGGUCAAGCUGCAACUGGUAUGGUGUGGUCACCUCAAGGUUUAUGGAUUGUAAAUUGGCGGGCUAAACAAUUAUUUUUACUAGACCCGUCUACAGAACAAAUACUUUCAUGUAUAUCAAGUCCUUUAUUCAAAGAACCGACCAGUAUCACCAGAUGCCCUUUAACUAAUCGUUUGUUUGUUGCUGAUAAUGGAGCAGGUUGUGUUUUUGUAUGUCAUCCCGAAACUGGUUCUGUGAAUGUGUUCAUUGGGACAAGUGCUACGCCUAUAUAUACUGAGAGUAACGCAAGUACUCCGGUUAGACAUAUUACUUUAAGUCGAAAUGAGACUAGUUCUCAUUUACCCCAACCAAGAAUGUGUAAAUUAAUAACUGGUUUAUGUGUAACAGAUUCUGGAGAAGUGAUUCUAUCUACGGGGACAUGUGUUCGAAUAUUUUCAUCAGAAGGACGUUUUCUUGCUGACCUUUUACCCCCAAGUCAGCCGAAUGAAGAUUUCUCUCGUACUCGUAUCUCAACAUUACCGUCGAGAGCUUCGUUAGAUGCUUCCUAUUUCACUGCAUCGCAUACUUCACACGAUAAUCAAGAUGGUGAUGGUGUAAACCUGGACCGUUUAAGUCUCUCUGAGCUUCGACAGUCAGGUGGUUCUGUUAUGUCACGUUCUCCUUCAUCGCGUGGUCAAUUCGGUGGGGUAACACUUGGUGUUGUGACCUUGGAUACCGAAAAUAUUGCAAAUGAAAAACUAGGAAAAUCUAUAUUGGCAAGCUAUUCAGACAGGAAACGUUCUGGUGUCGUUGUGUGGCCAGAAUCAUUGUGGACGUCUAGUUGUCAACAGUUUAUCAGUGAAGUUGAUGAUGAUAUGAUGUCUUCAACCAUGGCUCUGGACUGUCAUAAUAAUAACACGGCUAGCACCAGUAAUAAUGUAAACAACAACUCUAACAUCAGUAACAACAAUCGUUUGACUUCACUUGAUGCAAAUCAUCAGACACAAAAUUGUGCAGUAUAUUGUCCGUUGAACAGGAAUAAAUUCCUUUUUAAACCAUAUCUAAUUGAAGUUGAUCCACCGUUUCGUCGAUUGGCUGGUUUGGUUACUUUACCAAAUUGUAGAGAUGUAAUUGUUGUUGAUCAAGGUGCUCAAAAUAUUUCUAGAAUUCAUUAUGCUUGAUAUCAGCUUGUAUCCUUUUGCAUUUUCUAUAAUAAGUAAUUGAUACAAUAUGUGAUACAAAUUUACCGAUAGAUUUUAUUUAUUUAAUGUUUAAACAAAGGUGAAAUAGUGAAUAUUGAACAACUGGUGCGCAUUUUAUUUGGUCAUUUGCGUUCACUUAUGUUGAACUUUACACUUGUUAGAUCAAUGGCAACGACCGAUGUUCAUUAUGAUGACCGUUACUAUUAUGGAUAAUUUUUAUGAAUUUUAUAAUCAGUUUCUUUUUAUAAGAACAGAACUUUUCAUGCACAGCAUAUUACUACUACUACUACUAUUUAGCUGUUAGUGGAAAAGAAUAUAAGAUUUUUGUGCAUAUUUGUUUUUGCAUAUGUAUAUGUACAUAUAGGAUAACAGUUAUUUCUCUUUCAUCACAUAAUUCACACUUAGAACUUUUGUUUUCCUCCUCAUUUUUUUCUCUCGCUGGUUAAACUACAGUUGCCUAUUUCUUUAUCAGUAAAUUUUAAUUGUAUUUUUUCCAUUGCUACUACUUAUUUUAUACAUUGUCAAUAAAAUGGAAAUUAUGCAAUCAUAUCGGAAUUAGGAUGGCAAUAGGUAGGUAAAUAUAUUUUCAUUUCUGUGUAGUUUGUCGUUUAAUCUGCCUUUUUUUUCCCCACUUCCUGAAUAUUUUCUUCACUCACUUCACCCGUCACACACACACACACACACAUGCACAUACAUACAUUCUAUAUCUCUCCAUCUCUGUAUAUUGAGUAGUUUUAAUAUAGUAAGUAAUCCAUUUAUUUAUUAAAUAAUAAAACAUGUAAUUAUUUCACCUACAUUUUGGUAAUAUUCUAUGCUGUUUGAAAAAUGUUUUUCCGUACAUUUUUAAAGUUGAAUAUAGAUGUUUAAAUGAUAGAAGUUGUUUAUCUCCUUUUCUCCUCUAUAUAGACAGACACAUAUUUGUUGAAUGUAGUACUCAUUAUCAUUAUUGAAAUUUAUUCUUUGCAAUGAAAAUGAAGAAAGAGUGUAUUAGUUUGAACAUGAUAAAAAAAGAAUGUAUUCAAUUAUUUUGUCUUACUAAUUCUUCUUCUUUCUGUUACCAUUCCCUGUUCUUUGAUCUCUUCUAUAUGUCCUAUAAAUUGAAGGUGUUCUAUUCUUGAAAGAUUUUUAUGCUGAUUUCCUUUACACUGAUAAGAUUUCCUUUGUAUUGUUUGCAUAAAAAUAGUAAUUUGUGUUGUUUCUUAUUGAUUUAUUUGUUUGUUUAUAUGUAUAUUUGUGCAUCUUUUGCUCGAUCUCAUAUUUACACGUAGAGUCUUUAGUAUUUACUACCUUUAUCAUAAAUACUCAUAAAAUUUUACGAUGUAUUUUUACUAUUAUAGUUAUCACUACCUACCAAAAAUUACUCUAAUUACUGUAACCUUGAAGUGGAGUAAAUAUAUAUGCAUAUAUUCACUCGUAUCCCUUUCAUUUCUUACCACUUUGGUGUCAUGC